AUGGUGUCCUCGCUCAGAACUCAUCUCACUGUCCUCGCACAGAGCGCAUUUCUCUACCCUUCUGCCCCUGCUUUCAGAGUCCCCGUCAUCGACCAUCGAACAAAUCAAAUCAAAUCGUGGACGGUUAUUUCGUAUAGCCAGUUCCAAUCUGAUGUCGAGCUCUUCGCAACCUAUUGGUCCCGCACGCUGGCUGCAGACGGACUGGCACAGCGGUCUGUCGUGGGCCUCUGGCUCGGUGGAUUGACGUACAUGGAUGUCCUCCACAUCUACGGCAUCGCAAGAGCCGGAUACGUCCCACAGCUGUUCUCGCUCAAACUGCCCAACCCGGACAUCAUAUACGAGCUGCUGCACAAAGCAAAUGCGCGGGCACUGAUCUACGAUGCUGCAUAUGUUCCAGCCUUGUCCGGCUGCCAUGUGCCUGUGCACGCGGCCGUCGACGUCCACGGUGUGGAUCUGCGCGGGGCCCGAGUGCCUGCUAUGACAGACCUGGGCACUGUGAAGAGGACAGACACGAUCAUGAUGUUCCACACUUCUGGAUCGACGUCGGGGUCGCCGAAGCUGAUCCCGUGCAGCUAUGGAUGGCUGGAUGCUAUCAUCACCAAAGCUGGUCAGGUCAGCAAGCCCAUUAGCAGCAAUCGACAGGAUGUCACGGUGUUCAUCGGGAGCAUGUGCCACAUUGGGCAGACCUUCAUGUUUCUUGGAUCGCUGCAGCACGGGGCGUGCACCGUCCAGCCGACGGAGAUCACGUUCUCCUCCUGCGAGCUGGUCGACAUGAUCGCGCGGUGCGGGCUGAACCGCCUGAACCAGUUCCCUGCGUUCCUCGGCGUCCACCUCCGCAACUCGCGGAAGGACCCGCAGCUGCUCGCGCGGCUGUGCGCACUCGACGAGAUCCUAUACUCAGGGCAGCCGAUGGCUGCAGAGGACGAGGCGUGGGCGUACAAGCAUGGGAUGAAGAUGGUGAACUUGUUCGGGAGCACGGAGUGUGGUGCGAUGCUGCUCUCUACACGGGGCUCAGGCCACGCCAAUCCACCGCUGCGCCCGAUGGUGGGCACUAAAUACGGCUUCCUCUCCAUCUCCCUAUCCUCCCCCUCUUCCGCUGCGACAUCAGCACACACGAACGCACAUGCGCAGCUGGUCGAGCUGGUGAUCCUGGCAGACUCGCCCGACUGCCCCGAUCCGUCACUCCGUGCGGCCGACGGGCACUACCACACAGGCGACCUGUUCGUGGAGGUGGCGCCGGGUGCGUACGUGAGCCGCGGGCGGAACGACGACUGGAUCAAGAGCUCGACUGCGCUGCGGUGCGACACGAAGGCGAUCGAGGACAACGUGCGGGCGACGUGCGGGGACCUGGUUGCGGAGUGCAUCGUGGUGGGCAACGGGCGGCCGUCGCCGGUGGUGUUCGUCGAGGCGCUGGUCGCGAUGGACGCGGAGAAGCUGCGGAGGGAGAUCGUGAGGCGGACGCGGCAGUUCCACGCGCGGCGGUAUGUGCACGAGCGGAUCACGUCUGCGAGGAUGGUGGUGGUGGUGGGGCGCGGGACGCUGCCGCGGACAGCGACGAAGGGGAACAUCCGGCGUCGGGUGGUUGAGGAUAUGUUCAAGGUGCAGCUGGACGAGAUAUUUGCAUCAUGA